AUGCAUUAUAAUUCAAUAGUCGCGUACAUCAUUGUCAUUUUCUUUGCCAUGACAGUUGUUCUGGCUCAAGCAAAUAAAGAACGCGAACAGUUUGCUGACCUUCUACAAAAACGUAAACAUUUAAAUGGUUACUGGGUAGGAAAACGAUUGGUAGUCUCAUCCGAUGAAGAACCAUUGUCCGAUGCGGAAGACGACCUCUCAGCAGCAAAACGAGCAUCUUAUUUAGUCGGCAAACGUGGUACAUAUUUAGUUGGCAAACGUGCGUCAUAUCUUGUUGGACGAAAGCGUCGUAAUUUGAUGGUUAAUGAUCACGAAUAA